CUGUAUGUAGGUCAGGUCUCAUCUUUCAAAGCACUAGAGAGUCGGUUAAUGGGAAAUUUCAUUUGCUGCCUACGAGGGAAGCUAACAUGCAGGUCAGAGAAGUUGAACAAGAUGACAUAUCUGAGGAUCCAAAUGAAGAUACAGAAUGGAAUGACAUUUUAAGAGAUUUUGGGAUUCUGCCCCCAAAAGAAGAGGUUAAGGAUGAAGUCGAAGAAAUGGUUUUACGUUUACAAAAAGAAGCUGAAGUGAAGCCAUAUGAAAGAAUGAAUCUGAAACAACUCAAAGAAGCUGAAGAUGACUUUGAUGAAGAAGAUAGGAAAGCUGUUGAAAAGUACAGGAGACAACGUUUAGAAGAAUUAAAAUCUUUACAGAAGAGGCAAAGAUAUGGAGAACUUAUAGAAAUUUCUGGACAGCAGUAUGUGAAAGAAGUUACAAAUGCACCAAAAGACGUAUGGGUUGUCAUCCAUCUAUACAGAUCAAGCAUUCCAGCGUGUUUAUUGGUUAAUAGACACCUCAGCUUGCUGGCCACAAAGUUUCCAGAAGCCAAGUUUGUGAAGGCCAUUGCCAACAGCUGUAUCGAAAACUACCAUGACAAAUGCCUACCCACAUUGUUUGUAUAUAAAAAUGGAGAAGUAAAGGCCAAGUUUAUUGGAAUUGCAGAAUGUGGAGGAACACAACUUACAGUUGAAGAACUUGAAUGGAAGUUGGCAGAGGUUGGUGCUGUAAAAACUGAUUUAGAAGAAAAGCCCAAGAAGGAUGUUGUGGACAUGCUGGCUUCUUCACUCAGAAAGGCCUCUAUAAAUUAUAACUAGACAAGAAGUACUAGGGCUUGCAAUGAGACAGAUGCUGCUUAUGCAGGAAAAAUACUUGAAAGAAGGAGCUGACAACCAAUCAUUUAUAUUGGGUCAAAUAGCAUUUAAU